AUGUCCGUCUCCCCUCCUGUAUUCAAUGUCCAUACGCCCACAUCUUCUUUCGCGCUCAUCCACUCUCUCAAAGAUGAUACUAUACAGCAAUUGUAUGACAAGCUUUCGAGGAAAUCAAAUACAGGCUUUCAUGGAAAGCGCGUUGGUCCUGGUUGGAUCAAGUACAAUUGGAAUGACGCAGUGUGGAAUAUGGAUGAUGGUAUUAGUCCCUAUGCAUCCACCCGCCCUUUCCUUACUAAAAUGCCUGAUGCAGAAAGUGACUACACCAUUUUUGUGUGGAGGCAGAAAGCACCGUCUUCAUCCGAACAGCCUAUAUCCGACAUAACACCAACCCUCCACGUCCACGAUCCCACAGCCCAACUCCCAGAGCCACCUGCGUAUUGCAACCCAUCCUUUUACCUAUUCAGCUCUACACGUGUAGCUUCGCCGCGCCCUCGGUCAGCGCGGAGCGCCAAGUCUCACAAGUCUAGGGCAAUUCAUCCUAAUCCACCAGAUGCCGAAGGGAUCUCAGGGGCUGCGAAGCACAGAAGAGAUUUUGAGAGAUUUCAUAGCGAAAACGGUGUACGUACUGUUUUGGGCACUAUCGGCCCAGUUGACAAUGUUCGCAUGCUCUUAAAGAACGGUUACCGCCAUGUCUACAUCUCACGCAAGUUUGCGUUAAGGCACGGGUUUAUUCCAGGAGACGCAGCACCAGGGCACUAUGGCUACAGCGGCCUCGUCAACCUUGGCAAAUGGCCGAUCACCUUGAAGACAGCUGCGGAUUUCACUGAUGGCACACAUACUAACGGCGUCUCAAAUGCACCGCAGAGUUUGAAUCACUCGCGACCCAGCAAGUCAAAGACCGUUUCUGUCCCCGUCUUCUUAUCCGAGGAGCCGCACUUUGACGUCGUGCUUGGCCGUUCGUUCUUUGAGAAACGCCAAAUAAAGACUUCAUCCAUAGAUCCUACCGAGGUCAUCUGUCUUGACACUGGGGACAAAAUCGAGUGUGAAUUGGUCAUACUCAAAGAUGGUAGGGGUCAGAUUGUCACUGUUACAUAGCACAUCGGUAAAAUGGACAUAUGAUAUUGAGCAUUUGCUGUACACGGAAUAAUGCAUAGGAUACGUCACAAGUAUGGAUUUUGCUCUGACCAGAUAGGUCCGCUGUCCCACGACAGUGUGAUAGGAUCUGGGAUAGAAUCUAUCUCUUUCACAUAAUGGGUUCCUUCUCGAACACUAAAAAUGCCAUGCC